AGCCGCGGGGGCUUCACACCUUCGGAACCGCAGCGUAGUGGCCCUGAGGCUGCAAGCACCACCCGAGCCAGGCUGCGCUGUUUCAGCACCACGGACAGCACCCGCCCGAGGCUCUUGCUGGUGCUAUGCAGGCGGCAUGUCCUGGCGCUGCAGCCCCAUGGCGCUGCUCCUCAGCUUGGGCCUCCUCGGGCUGCUCCUAGGAGUGUGGGGUACAGACACAGAGGAGCGACUGGUGGAACAUCUCCUGGAUCCUGCGCGCUACAACAAACUUAUCCGCCCAGCCACCAAUGGCUCUGAGCUGGUGACAGUGCAGCUCAUGGUGUCACUGGCCCAGCUCAUCAGUGUGCACGAGCGGGAGCAGAUCAUGACUACCAAUGUUUGGCUGACCCAGGAGUGGGAGGAUUAUCGCCUCACCUGGAAGCCUGAGGAGUUUGACAAUAUGAAGAAAGUUCGACUGCCUUCUAAACACAUCUGGCUCCCAGAUGUGGUCCUGUACAACAAUGCUGAUGGCAUGUACGAAGUGUCUUUCUACUCCAACGCGGUGGUCUCCUAUGACGGCAGCAUCUUCUGGCUGCCACCUGCCAUCUACAAGAGUGCGUGCAAGAUCGAAGUAAAGCACUUCCCAUUUGACCAGCAGAACUGCACCAUGAAGUUCCGCUCCUGGACCUAUGACCGCACAGAGAUUGACCUAGUGCUUAAGAGUGACGUGGCCAGCCUGGACGACUUCACACCCAGUGGGGAAUGGGACAUUGUGGCACUGCCAGGCAGGCGCAAUGAGAACCCCGACGACUCCACCUACGUGGACAUCACCUAUGACUUCAUCAUCCGCCGCAAGCCACUCUUCUACACCAUCAACCUCAUUAUCCCCUGUGUGCUCAUCACCUCGCUGGCCAUCCUCGUCUUCUACCUGCCAUCUGACUGUGGAGAGAAGAUGACGCUAUGCAUCUCUGUGUUGCUGGCACUCACAGUCUUCCUGCUGCUCAUCUCCAAGAUCGUGCCGCCCACCUCGCUCGACGUGCCCCUCGUCGGCAAGUACCUCAUGUUCACCAUGGUGCUGGUCACCUUCUCCAUUGUCACCAGUGUGUGCGUGCUCAACGUGCACCACCGCUCGCCUACCACACACACCAUGGCGCCUUGGGUCAAGGUCGUGUUCCUAGAGAAGCUGCCCACACUGCUUUUCAUGCAGCAGCCGCGCCACCACUGUGCCCGCCAGCGCCUCCGCCUACGGCGGCGGCAACGCGAACGCCAAGGUGCCGGGGCCCUGUUCUUCCGCGAUGCGCCUGGGGCUGACACCUGCACCUGCUUUGUCAAUCAUGCCUCUGUGCAAGGCCUGUCUGGGGCCUUUGGGGCAGAGCCGGCACCAGUGAGUGGCCUGGGGCAUCCUGGGGGGCCAUGCAGCUGCGGCCUCCGCGAGGCAGUGGAUGGUGUGCGCUUCAUCGCAGACCACAUGCGGAGCGAGGACGAUGACCAGAGUGUGAGUGAGGACUGGAAGUAUGUCGCCAUGGUGAUCGACCGCCUGUUCCUCUGGAUUUUUGUCUUUGUCUGUGUCUUUGGCACCAUUGGCAUGUUCCUGCAGCCUCUUUUCCAGAACUACACCACUGCCACCUUCCUCCACCCGGACCAUUCAGCUCCCAGCUCUAAGUGAGACCUUGCUCACCUCCACCCUCCUGCACCCCUCCGCCCUGUCGUAUGGUAGUGUCAGGUGGACGGUGGACAAGCAAGCUACCAGGAAGAGGGGUGCUGCCCCCACAGAUCCAUCCUCCUGCUUCACCUCCCCACACGUCCAUCUACAUAGCCAGCUGCAGCCUGGAGGAAUGGACCAGCUCACAGCAUUCGGCUGCUUUCCUCUCCUCUUGCCAACCAGACAACAGUGGCGGUGGAGGACAAUGAAGGCUGCAAAGUGGGGACAGAAAUGUCGGAGGCUCCCACCCAAUUGGGCUGAUCAGGAGGGGCCCACAAAGAACAGAAGGAUCCAAGACCUCCACAUCAUAGAAAAAUGGGGUGUGAGGGAGGGGAAGAGAGACAGGAGCUCAGACUAUGCUGGCCUAGCUGACACAAGGGGUAGAGCAGAGGAGAGGAGCUGGAUGUGACCUGGCCUCCGCUUCACUGGGCCACAACUCACAAUGCUAGAGGGUCCUGCCCAGAGGGCAAAGCCUGGCCCUGCGGUCCAACUCCUGGGGGCACCUCUUGCUCAGUCCCACUGCCCUGCAUCUCAGGGUUCCAGUGCACAGUCCAGGUCCCCUUCUUCCUAAUGACGAGUUCAGAGCCUUCUGACUUUCCUCUGUCCCUGUCUUAUUCUGGCUCAGGGAGUGGUGGGCAAGGCUGGCCCUGAGUUCUGUGCCUCUGAGUGACCCACUUGGAAUCUGAGACCCAAAUACUAAACUAUGUGAAAAGUGUAAGUUUUCAGGCUGCGGGAUAUGGAGGACCCUGUCACAGUCACAGAUUCUAGAAGGAGCCAUGUUUAAAUGAAGAAACACCCAGUUGCACGGUGGGUUAGCGCAUGAUAGUUACGUGACAAGUGAAGACACAGACCAGAAGGCGCUACAAGGCUGAACAGCUUUGACGCUGCCUGACCACCUCAAGGACCAUCUAACUGCGCAGCGCCCUUUCUCCUAUUUGGAACUGACCUGGCUGCUGGAAGGGCAGCAAGUGAGCAUGUCAGCUUCAGGGAGACCGGGCCUUUACGUCUGCAGCAGAGCUGGGCUGGGCAUUGCGGAUUGGCAAAACGGGGCAUGUGGCCGGAACUUGGGCCCUCUGCAUUGCUCAUGCCUCAGCAGGUUGGAAGUGGGCCUCAGGUCAGGACUGCUACCACCAAGGACUUCCCGGGAAGCAGCGCUUUGGUUGCCUAUCCUGGGGCCAUGCAGGUGGCUCCCAGGGGCCCACCAGAGGCCACUUGGCUGGUAAGCCCAGGACACAGACCUGUUAGGGAUGUUCUGCCCACCUUGUGACUGGUGCUCAGUGUUGAGCCAGCAAAAGGCAAUGCACAGAGGGAUCGGUUGACCAGAUGUCCCCAGGAGAUCUGCCCUGAUCCUGGCCAUCCUGUGUUCUGAGUCCAGAAGGGACUGCUGCUUCUCCAAGCACAGGGGAGGUUGGAGACCAUGCUGAUGGGCAGAGAACACUGUGGGCAAAGAGCAUUGGACGAGUGCUGGAGACCAGGUUCUAUCUAGGCCCAGCUCUGCUACACUCUCACUAAGCCAGUCAGAUCUUACUAGGCCUCAGCCUCUUUGUUUAUAAAAUGGAGAGAGGCUUUUUCCCUCCCUGGGGUUGUAGUGAGGCUGAAGGCUUGUGAAAGACAGUGUACCUGACACAGAGGAGGUUCUUCAUGAAUAUUGAGACCAUCAGAUCCCAUGGGUGGAGCUGCCUGGCUAGCAUGCCACCUCCCCCGCAGGCCUCAUUACCCCCUCUUCCUUGAGCAAGCUGUCUGCCAAGCAAGGGUUAGGAAAGGGCAUUGCUAGUUGGUCUGCUGGGCUGGGCUUCCCUCCCUGGCAGGCCUUUGCCCUGGUCCUGCCUCCCCUGGGACAGGUAUGUGCUGGGGCAGGCGAUCUAGACCUGGCUAUGGAAAGGGAUCUCAGUGCAUCCCCACUGCUCAGAGUGGGAGCGUGGGCAUUUCUUCCUGGUGGUGGGGAGUGUCCCUGCAUCACCGAGACACCCUCUUCUAGAGCAGAGUUGAGGAUUGCCCGGAUCAUGCGUUGGCCUACUGCUAACUCAGGAGAGUCCUGGAGAAUAGCUGGAGUUGGCAACAGCAACUAGAAGGGAACUCUAGCUCUGGAGGGGGACUGCUGGCUGGCGGCCUCAUCAGCUGCUGCUGCUGUGGUUGUGUUUGCCCCCCCCCCCCCGUGGCUGUUAUCCAAAUUAAGCCACCAGGGGCCGCUAGAGGAGACAGUGGAAAGCAGUGUGUCCAACUUCUGUAUCCUAUUUAACACACAGGGUAACUGAGGCAUGGAGACAGUGUGUUGUCCGAUUUGUAUAAGGCAUGUACCCCUGAACAUGCCGUUCUGCAUCUGUUCAGUGGGAAUGACAGUGGGCAGGGGUGCUACAGGGAAGGAGUAGGGCGGCAAUGGAGGAAGGUUACUGGGCAGCCUCAUUCCUUGCAUUUGCAGCCUCACUGUUGCAUUCCUUGCAACAGCGAGGGUAGGAGGUGGGCACCAGUGCAUGGUAUGAAGAGGGAGGUAGAGAAACUGGAUGGAAAUCUGCCAUGAGGGCUUGAGGGGAGAGUGAGGGCAGGAGUUGGGAUUCACCAUCAGAGAUGGUGAGAAUAGUUAUUAAUAUAGCCACCUUAGAGAGUUAGUACCGCAGCUGGGUGGGGGGCAGCUUCCUGGCCGUGAGGCAGUAUCCCUGCCACAUGUGUUCUGCAAGGAAGGCUCUCCACAAAAGGGCAGGACCACUUCCUCCAGGAAACAGGAUGAUCUGCGCACUCCAGCCCUCGGGCCAGUGUUUGGCUUCUCCAAAUCCUGGGAUUUGCUGCCGUGUCCUGAGCACGGGUUCUGUGUCAUCUUCUCCAAUGCAUGGUUUUACUUCCUUGCAGCAGCCUUGAGGGGGAGGGGCCAGAGGCCAAUAGGGCUGAGCUUGAAACCCAAGACUGUCCCAAAGUGCAGGCUCUCACUGUGACCUUUGGGAUGGGCAGGACAGUUCUCAUGGAGGGAAGUGAGGCGCAUUUGGUGCCUCUCUGCCUCAUUCCCAGGCCAAAGUGACCUGUCCAGGUAGAGGUGGGCUGGUGUCCUACCACCCCUCAUGGCUCACACAAUGCUGGCCAACUCCCUGCACUGGUCCGCAGCAGACAGAAAUCGGCAGCCACCUUUCAGUAGUUUUCCCGGCAGGUCUAAGAAGUCCAGGUGAUAGUCACAGUGUCCCAAAGGACCACAGCUCUAGGAAUCAAUAGGACACCUCACUCACACACCUCCGGUGCUGGUCUCUCACUGCCCAAGGCCUCACGGCUGCACUCCAAGACUAGCACCAUGGGACUAGCCGCUCCAGCUGGACUCACUGGGAACUCAAGAUUCUCUUAAGAAAAUUGUUUCCAAAGAUGUUCUGUUACUGGUGUUUUG